AUGUUGACGAAAAGCUUCGAUAUACCACAGAAUAUUAUGGAUCUAGAAGGUAAUGAAUUUUUCGACUUUAUCAAACAAUACUCAGGUGAAAAGGUGGCUAUUCUCCUGGAAUUUCAAGAUAUUAGUAAUGUGAAUUGUCUUCUUGCUUGCCAUGAUCCACUUGAAAUUUUAUCUUUUGAUUCGAACGAUUUGCUCGAUUUAAAAAAGACAACGUGUGUUAAAUUAAAUAAUAAUUCAUUUACUGUUUUACCUGGAAUAAAGACUAAAAUGAAUCUUUUGAAAAGUACAUUAAUGAAGAAAUACAAUGCAUUAAAAAAAGACGUCUCAAAAAUAUCAUCAAAUAUUUUCCUAACAAAUAAUCUAUCGGUGAAUACGUUGGUAAAUAAUAACAUCAAUACUUCUACUGAUUCGUUUGUUAAUACAUCAUUAAAUUCGUCUUCAUCGGGAAUCAUUGAUUUAAAAGCUGAAGAUCAAAUAAAACAGUAUCUAAUCGAAGCACUAAAUGACUGGUGCAAAAAAAUGAACCAGAAUAAUAUUAAUAAUAAUAAAAUAUUAAAGCUCCAAGAAAAUAUUGAUUAUGAGAUUAUUGUUGAUAUUAAUGGAAAAAAAGUUUUGAUUAGAUGUCAAUGUGGUGCAACUUCAACAUUAGGCCGAAAAGAGAAUACAUAUAUAGUAAGUUAG